AUGGACGACAUCAGGUUCCCCUCAUGGGUCAGCCACUCUCCUGCAUUCGCCUUUGCUCGUGUGCUUGGCUACCAACUGCGUCGACAACCGCUAGACACCCCCGCAACGGAUAAUUCGCCACAGGCGCUUGCGCUCGGUAGCGGAGGUCCGAGGUGGGGCGACGCGCCGCUCGCCGUCUCCGGGAGGGAGGAAUUGUUGGGCCCGUGCAUGCAAGAGGGCUAUUCGGGUGCGGAUGUGCUGUUCGGGAGAAGUCGUACAGACCCAUGGUUGGCCUCUUUGUCAAGUGUAAGUAUGCCCCAGCAUCUGCACGGUGGUGCCAUGCCAACCACACAUGCCCUCUCGGUUGUCAACAGUGGUUACAUGUUGCUUCACCCACGAGUAACGCAGCUAUUCGAGAUGUCACAAGCGAAGGAUUUGAUUGCGGGACAGGGUCGUAUUUCUGGGAAGAAUGCUCCAGUGCUAAUCGCGCUUGUGGCUCUAGCGGUCGAGUGCCGCUCACUCCCAUUUGAUCGCACAAAAUCGUUCUAUCUGGAGUGCGUUUCUUUGUACACCUCACUUAUGCAACAGCUCAACGCAACAACUUUUUCAUUGGGGGUUGACAUUCGGGGGUUUGUCUCUUCACUUGUUGCAUGUGGCAUCCACCUUCGGCAUGCAAGCAGUGGCAGCGGAGGGUUGGAAAGGGAGAAGGCGGGUUGUCCCACGUCUACUUAUGCUGGCAAGGAUGUUGGUGAUGGUAGUGUCGAGUUGAGUAGGGAAGGUUUAGUGGGUUUUGGGGCGCAUGUCGUCGAUCCACUCCUCGUUCAAUGCAUUCCCUCAAAUGCAGACGAGUGCGUAGACAACUCCAUUGCACUCGGUGCGCUUGAGGGAAUCGCCAUCGCUGGAGAAGCCGGCAACGUGGAUCUCGGCACGGAGCUCAUAGAGCACCUGCACAACCUAACGGAUACGCUCGUUACAUCCUCACAUCGAAGGGAUCCUCCAUACAAGGAGCUUUUGUGUUACCUUGUGGAAGCACUAUCAUCGGUUCAUGGUGUCUGCUAUACCAAAUUGCGCUAUUGGUGUCUAACGCUGUUACGGCCGGAAUAUAUACUCAGGGGCCUCCAGCGAAGGGAGGGCAUCCAGGCGCGAUUAGUGGCAGCUACGCUGAGGCUUCUAAUGGGGUGGCUGAAGGAAACUGCGAUGUCAAUUUCCUGUCCGGGCGACAGUGCAGCACGUAGUGGGGGAAAUGGGGAUGGGGGAACUACUUCCUGCUGUUCAAUAUCUAAUUUUGUUGACCGAAGGGAGGUUGUCGAAGCCGAAACGCUCAUUGAAGGCGUCUGGGCGGUUCUUCAGGAUUCUGAGGACAAAUGGGGCAAGGUUCAAAAUCGUAGUUUUGUAUUGUAUGGGACCAGCCUGCGUGCUGUAGUGGUGAGCUUGCUCCAAGCGGAGCUGGAGCGUAUUCGGUGCUACGCCAUAGUCAACAGCACUUGCCAACACAACGCGCACAGCGGACAACAACACGAGCGUGGUAACGGCUCAGGUGAUGCGGGGUAUGUGCCCUCCAUGGAGGAAGACGCCCUUCGCCUCGGGGUGAUUGGCAACAUCGUUAAGUUUCUUCUCCUACCCAAGAGUGCUUUCGCCGCGAUUGGUACGGCUGGGCCGGUGGUGUCGCUUCACCAAGAUAUUGCGGAGCACAGUGCAAAAGUUCUGGCGUUCGUCGCAUCCACCGAUGGCAGAGCGCUGUCGACAAGUACACAUCCCUUCUCGGUCUUAGGGGCCAAAAUGAGGAGAAUACAAUUUUCCAACAAAUUUUACGGUGGUGUUGAACAAGUAACACAUGAACUCAUUCGUUGCAUUUUAAGGGCGGGAAAUCUGGGAAUUGCCACAUCAUCCAAUGUGGAGACGAGAAGCCGAACCGCCGCGCUCUGCUUGCAGGGACUGUGUGCCACAAAUGCUUACAUACGCGCCCUUGUCAGCACAGAGGUCAACGAUGCUGUAACGCGAAAUGACGGGUUGCAGCAGUUGGGGGACGGUGCUGAUGAAGCAGGGAGUAACGUUGAGGGACGUUUGGAUCAAGGUCCCGUCGACGUAUCGCUGCGCUUUUCUGUGUGCUUUGAGAUGAUGAACCGUGUUCUCUUGUCGAGGCACCAUUCGUUGUGCAAUCCGUUGCCUUACGAGAGUCUACGUCGGUACACCCAGCUGCUGUUUGAUACGGUGGAGGACACUCUGCGAGCCCACACUCGGUGUAUCGAAUUGUCGCAUACAAAUAAACAGUUUCCAGGCAACGAACUACAGGUCACGGCGGACGCUUUUUGGCACCUUACUCGGCGUUGCCAUGAUCGUGUCCUUGCGAUGGUCCGUGAGGCGCUUCGAGAUUUACCCCACAAUGCUUCGGGCGAUGCCGGCGAUGAAUGGAACAAAUCGCCUCUUGUUGAGGCGAUCAACAACGAGGGAAAGGUACUGCGUCUCCUACUACACUCGGUCCUCCGAUGCAUGAUCAACUGUUUGUGGCCAGGCUCCGGGAUUAUUUACGACACUAACAUUGACGGUGGGAAGGAAACGCAGAACGGUCACCAUAUGCGUUCCGAUAUGAGCGAGGUGGCCCUUGCGACGCUUUCGCUGUUCCUGCAACCGUUGUGUCUGCUCUGCCAGCUUCUCACACUUUUGCCUGAAAAAGACGUACAGUGUCUCAAGAGUUACCGUGAUAACGUGCAGAGGUUCAAGCAGUUGGAAAGUACAGACUCUUUCAUGCACCACAGUGGCAUUCAGCCUAAUAGCAUGAGUCUUCCACUCUAUGAUGACAGCGACGCCGCCCAGCUGCGCUCCUAUUGGCUGAUGCUUACGUAUUAUGGCUUUACUUCCAAGGUGAUGCUCCUAACGCAAGCUGAGGGAAAAGGUGCGGAGGGAUCAUCAGAUGUUAAGCAACCCCGUGGGGGUGAGUACGUGUUGUCUUGGAACCAAACGAAGUGCGUGCGCCUCCUUGCCUCUUUAUCACCACAGCUUUUGCGCAUGCGAUCCACCGAUUACCAACAGGUCAUGAGUGAUAUUGAACUUUUGGAACGUCAUUUGCGCAACUACAGCACUGACAGCCACGCCAUAAAGCCUUACAGAAAGGGGUUGCUGCAAUACCUGGAAGACUGCUGCCCUGGUGUAUCGUCGGUGGGGCGCCGAUUGCCGUUUUCUGAACUUUUUCUUUUUCAUGCGCUGGCAACCCUCGAAAUCCUCCGAGCUUCCUGCGGCUUCAUCUCAACUAUUGCACAGUACCACCGGUUCGAAAUUUGUGAGUUCGACGCUAGUGCAGAUUUCCGGGCAGCAACGUCGUGCCUAACGGCUGCUGCAACAAAUCGGUAUCUCUCAGCGUUGAAAGCCACGUCUCCCGACACGGCCGCGAAACGGAUCGAGGCGGACGUACCACAACUCGUCUUAUUAUAUGGUUUCGCCGUUCAAUCAGUAAGGCGCUCCGCCAAAGAAAUACUAAGUAAAAUUAUAUCAGCCUUCCCGUCGUUUGUGGGGACUUGCCAGGCUCUUCCACUUCUGUGGGACGUCAUCGGCGUGCUUGAAAAGGGAAGUGCAGCAGAGGUGGAGCUUUACUGCCAAUCAAAGCAAAUGUUGGAGCCCCCCGCCGUCGCUGCGGAUCCGGAAUCCCCGGAACGACGAAAACAGUUGAGUGAUGCCGUCUCUUUUGCAGUGCAUUGGGCCCAGCUAGCAGAGCAAGGCUCCCCCAUCGCCUUGCGGGAACAUGCCGAGCGUUUCAUCGUUGAACAGCCGACGUACGGCACGGUCGAGCCCGGCAUCGGGUUAAGCCUGGCCCUUCGUGCACACAACGCUGGGGGUUUAUCGGCAACGUCGAAGCCGAUGUGUGAGCGAAGCCUCAUAAGGAGGAGUAACGCAAAGGGCCACGUUAGGGCACUCUUUCGGGUAGCAACCCAUGGUGGUGCUGAUCAGUUGCUGCUUCAGCACCUGCAGGAAGCGGGAGAGGACCUUGUGAAGACCUUCGGUUUGAGUAAACAACUAAGGGAGCAGCAGUUCGUGACGUUGACGAACGCUCUGUCUGGUGAAAUAGGUGUGGAUGAUUUUAGUCGUGGUUGCCAAGGUGGGGAAGCGGAGGACACGGUUCACCGGGGUUCCUGGACGUCCACAUGUACCCCACCUAGUGGUCAGACCUUGUCAGAUAAGCUGCAUGAAAGUGACACACUAGCUUGCUCCGCGGUUGUGCUCCUGACGAGCGCGCGGCUUGGUACAUCAAUGCAUAUAAGCCUUCUGCGGUGCAUCGUGCAGUACCCCAUCCGUUCGUUUUCAAGCGACGCCCUGGCCAAGGCCAUCAGUUGCUGGAGGUGGAUCUUAUUUGAGAGACCGGGGCUCUUUGCAGCCCCACUGCUAGCAGAAGUUGUAGAGGGAUUUGUGUGGACAAUUACCCAUCGUGUUGGACUGUUUGACGGCUCCCGACCGAGAGGCCUUGACGAAGUGGAGUCAGGCAGGAAACCACAGUUAAGGAGGGAUGCGGCCAUUUACUCACAUGAUUAUGCCACGAACUCUCCACAUAAGCUUCUCGCCGAGUUUUUAAUUGCGUGCUAUGUCGAUGAGGGCGGGCCAGUAUCAUUUGUCCCGCCCGUUCUCCACCUUUUAAAGCAACUCGCCUUGAGGAUUGUGAAAACUCCGUCCAGGCUCUCCACAAAAGAUGCGUCCUUCUCGGAAAUGACGCGCUGCGUCCUGAUGAUAGGUCUCAUUUGCCGUAAUUUACAAGCUGCAAACGAGUGCCGUGCGCGCGAGGGUUUGCCGGCCCUAACCCCCGCCUUCUUCGUCGGAGCCCUGCGCCAAGGCUUUUAUCGCUGUUUGAUGCACUGGUUUCAAAAGACGCCGCCUUCUUGGUACUUCUCGCGGGACCGCACGGCCGCGGAGAAGGAACUAGCGGCCUUGCGAAAACUUAUGGAAAUGUUGGACAGGGACAUGAAAGCAUUGUCACGUUCUAGCGAUGGGUUUCUGGACUUUGCCUCACCAGAAAAGUCAGCUGAUUCCACCCUUGUCAACCUGACGCUUGUGGGAAGUGUCGCGCAGCGCAGGAUAGGUGAAGACAUUGCGGGUGGAACUUUCACGGACAUUGAAAGCCUGAUUGCCGCUGAGCGGGAACGGCUAAUGAGCCUCAUCCGACUCCUGCAACUCCUGGUCAAACACGAGCACCAUCGACUCCUCGUUUGGCUCCAUCCUUCCGAUUCCCUCUCAACGCCGUCCCGCGACUAUUUUGACGCCAUUUCCAGUGGCGAAUGGUUAUCGCACUGCACGGCGGCGUCAGAAAGCGACCCCGCAGUACUGGUUGCGUUGGUGGCGCGGUUUCCCAACAGACAUGUGGUGGGUUGGGCUGCGCAAAUCGUCUCUGAGAAUCCAGAGCUCUACUGCAAUAUACCUGGAGCAGUGGAUCUCUAUUUGAACAGCGUAACGCUGGUCAACGGGUAUCCUGCGCUCCACCUCUUCAGGAACGGUGGUCUUGUGCAGUCCCUCCGCCAUCUGCACGCGCGGUAUGCGACUCGGUACCCGCAGGUCUCCGCGUACGCCCUUCGCAGCCUUUUGUGUAAAAAGUGCGACUCGCUUACGUUUUACCUCCCUCAAAUACUUCAGAUACUUUCAGAGGACCCAAUCGGGGCCGUGCCGUCUUUCUUGAAGAAAAUGUGCAAAAGGAGCCAAACGUUUGAGCACCAGCUCCUUUGGUCCCUACAAGCGGAAGGGGGUGGAGAUAGCGAGCACGCACGGAAGUGCUCCCAGCUCGCGUCGGAGAUCCGGCACUCCUUCAAUGCCUCAAGGAAAGCUUUCCAUGACGGUGAGUUCAAUUUCAUUGACCGAAUUAUUUCCUUGUCUGGAGAAAUGAUGCCUAUCGAGAGGCCGCUUCGAAAGGGAAGGCUCCGCCUUCGGUUGCGCGAUAAGGAAUUCCACGACUCUAUCGGUGGACAGCACUUAUAUUUGCCCACAGAUCCCAACUGGAGAAUCGUCGCCCUUCGCCCUGACACCGCUGGUGCAAUGCAGAGCGCGGCAAAGUGCCCCAUCAUGGUGGAGUUUCACUGCGUUCCGCAGAAUAGUCGGGACGGGGAAAAUGCACAAGGAGAGGCGACCGGCUCGGAUAAAGAAGCGGUAACGUCAAAGCUCUGCAUUUUCAAGAUGGGGGAUGAUUGCAGGCAGGAUCAACUUGCAUUGCAACUGAUAGGGCUCUUCCGCCGUGUGUUUGACUCCAUCCAGCUACCAUCCUUUCUUUAUCCGUACAAGGUGGUUGCCACCGGGAGGGAUUGUGGUGUUAUCGAGUGUGUUCCCCGGGCAAUGAGUCGUGAUCAGAUUGGGAAACUGGUGGAAGGUAACCUCUCGGAGUACUUUGUACAGACCUACGGCUACCCAGAAUCCGUAAGAUUCCAUCGCGCUCGGGAGUGUUUUAUCCGAAGCAUGGCCUCAUAUGCCACCGCUUCUUUCGUCCUCAACAUAAAGGACCGUCACAACGGCAAUAUUCUUAUCGACUCCUAUGGCCACUUGGUGCACAUAGACUUCGGGUUUUUGUUUGACCUUUCACCGGGAGGCGACAUCAACUUCGAGUCGUCCCCGUUCAAGUUAACCCUGGAAAUGGCGCAGCUCAUGGGGUACCCGGUGAAUGAAGGGAAAGGGAAGCAACCAAGCCCCUCCCUCGCAAAAGCUCUAGUGGAUCUGGAGAGCUACAAUCUAUUUGUGGACCUGACGAUUCGUUGCUUCCUCGCUGUUCGACAAUACGCCCACGAGAUUUGUGUGCUUGUUGAACUGAUGCUCAGCAGUGGUCUUCCUUGCUUUAAGCCCAAAAAGACAAUUCACGAUCUGUCCUGGCGCCUCGCGAUGCAUAAGAGUGAAGCGUGGGCAGCAGACUUCAUGCGGAAGCGGAUCGCAGAAUCCAGGGAGAACGUUCGAACGGUUCUCUACGACCGCUACCAGAACUACGCCGAGGGUAUUGAAAUGUAG